ACGUCGAGAUCCCAAUCAAUUCCUUCCAAAAAUUGAAAUGUUUUUCAAAAACUUUGCACCCGUAUUCACCUUGGCGUUAACAUCUACCUUACUUUUUGUAGGUUCCACCACCGGACAAAGUUGCGGUCGGGCAGAUGUCUUCACGCGAUCCGAUGACGAACUAAUUCUCGCCCAGUUUUCCGAGCUCCUCGAUAACAACCCGGUUAUUUUCGAUGGCCCUGUAUCCGUCUCCGAAGCCCCAACCCAAACCACCAGAACGACCCCCUUGACAAUCGAGGAUCUUGAGUAUUACACCUAUUUCUCGGCCUCGAUGUAUUGUCCCACCUCGCUGAAAACGUUAUCGUGCUGUUACUGCGGGGAGUUCAACGCUACGGUGACAGAUUUUCAAAUUUUUGAGAAUGAACUAUACGGAACUAAAGCGUUGGUCACGUUGCAUUCAUCGAAAAGCGAAAUCGUGGUGAGCUUCCGGGGUACCGUCACUUUCAUGAAUUUCAUUAUGGAUUUCACGCUUCUCCCGACAGGAGUGAGUAAUGGGGGGAUUCAGGUACAUUUGGGAUUCUUUUUGAGUUUGAUGUCGGUCUAUAAUCCGGUUGUUAAACAAGUCGGGAUGUACCUUGCCAGAAAUCCAGGAUCUCGUAUUGUCGUGAACGGUCACAGUUUAGGAGGGGCGAUGGCAUCUCUGUUCGUCUACUUUAUGACAAGCCUGAACCAAUUUCCUUUCACGAAUUACGCCUUGGUAACUUCCGGUCAGCCGAGAGCGGGAAAUGUGGCGUAUGCCGAUUACAUGAAUUUCCUCAAUAUUCCCAUGAAUAGAGUGGUCGCGAGGGCAGACAUUGUUGCUCACCUGUUUCCUGUAAGCGUUCCGCUCCUCUUUGGAGAAUAUUACGUGCAUCACGGGCAAGAAGUCUGGAUUAACGGGGAGGAAAUAAACUUUUGUUCGAAAAGGGUCUACGAGGAUCCCAACUGUUCCAACUCAUUGGGACCAGUUUACUCCGUUUUGGACCAUCUUCAAUACUUCGAUGCGGACCUUACCGUCUGCUACUUGGUCGAGGGAUGGCUGGAAAUUGACCUCGUGACGGUGGAAGGCUUCACCCCGACCAACUUCCUCCCACCAAUGCCCACAGUGAUGCGAGGGAUUUUAGUAGGCCUGGUGCAAGGAGGGUAUCAAGGCCUACUGCCGGUUUUGGGAUAAGGAAUUUUUUGAAGACAUCUUAUUUGGUUAAGUUGGAAAUUUUGUAGGAUAAUGAGUAAUGUAAUGUUUAAGAUAAAAUUAAAGUUCUCAAUAUCCGAAUUUAAUUGGCUUAAUGAAAUAAAGUAUCUAGUAUGUAUUGCAA